AUGGCUCCCGCCGCCGCUCUCAUCUAUCACCCAACAGUCGCGCAUUACCUCAGAUACGUCGCGACAACCGUCGGCCGCGACAAGCUCCUCCGCACCCUCCAAUACUUCUCCCGCUUCUACGCCUGGUACCUAUUCCGGACAAACGCUUCAGCCGCGGCGAUCGCGCCCUACGAUGCAGUCAAGAAGCAGUUCGGGCUCACCCGGAAGAUCAUGCGGCUGGGCAAGUUCGUCGAGCAUCUCAAGGCGGCGGCGGAUGCGGGGGAUAAGAAGGGGCUGGAUCCGAUUAUCAAGUAUUGCGCUGUAGGACGGCAGCUGGGAUAUGCCGGGUACAUGAUUCUGGAUAACUUGACCGUCCCCGAUGCCGUAGGCAUCCGCCCCAUGGCCUCCUCCAAGCGCCUGCUCCAGCAAGCCUACAAGUGCUGGCUAGCAGGGCUGCUCUUCAACGUCGUGGGCGGGAUAUACCAGCUCAACUUGCUGCGUCAGCGACGUACCGCCCUGACGCUGGAGCAGGAGAAGACUGGGGAGGGGGUUGUUGAGGUCAAGAAGCUGCAGAAGGAGCGGAAUACGUUGAACCUCCAACUCAUCUCUGACCUCUGCGAUUUGACUGUCCCGACCUUCGCUCUGGGAUACGGCAACCUUGAUGAGGGGCUUGUGGGCCUGGCUGGAACUGUGAGCUCGCUGAUCGGUGUAUAUACCGUGUGGAAGAAGACGGCGUAG